ACCCGGGUCACGCUUAGCUGAGCCUUUUUCAACUACACUCUCAGAUACCGCAAAACUAAAUCACAUUAGCCAAGAUGACCAAAGCUCUGAUCCUUGUUGCAGACGGAUCUGAAGAGAUUGAGUUUGUCACUCCUUAUGAUGUAUUGACCCGAGCGGGAUUUGAAGUCAAGAGUGCAGGUGUAUCGCUCCAAAAUGAAGCAUAUGCUCACAUGUCACGUAAUAUCCGCAUUGUACCUGACUACCCGAAUCAAAACUCUGUCCCUUUGCAACCUGCUCAUGAGCACUUUGACGUGCUCGUUCUACCUGGGGGCGUACCGGGAUCGAAGACUUUUUGCGAGAGCGAUGCCGUGUUGAAACUAAUCCACGACUUUCAACAGGCUGGGAAGUGGGUUGCUGCAAUUUGUGCAGCGACUACGGCACUAGUCGCUUCGACGAAGAAGUUCGACAAAGAGAAGAAAAGGGUCACCAGUCACCCAAGUGUGGCAGAAGAAAUCAAGGUUGCGGGCUGGCAGUACAGCGAAGAUCGAUUGGUCGUGGAUGGAAAGGUCAUCACAAGUCGCGGACCGGGUACUGCGAUGUUGUUUGCGCUCACGAUUGUCGAAGUCAUCAGUGGAGAAGAGAAAAGAGACGAGAUUGCAGGGCCCAUGGUACUAGCUGAGAAGUUGUAGGGCAGACGUGUACCGUCUGCUAUCGAGCUCUCAUACAGCCUUCAACGCGCGACAUUAUGCCAUUGCUGGGGGCGGCAAUUGCCCACGUAUUCCCAAAGGCUGGUCGGUUAGGGCGGCAGAUACACAGAGCAGUAAAGACAGUCGCUGUACGCGUAACCGACCGUUCAAUGCACAGACGUCUUUGCUGCGCCA